AUGCUUCACGCUCUUCUGCUGCUGGCGGCGCUGCCGUGGGGGACAUGCUCGUCGGCGCAUGGGAAUCAGCGCCGUGUCAUUCAGCAGCCCGGCCUCAUCCGUUUCCCCAUCACCGUGUCCGAAGCCCCGGCCGGCACGUUUCGUCGUCUCCGCCGCCAAAACAACGCCGACCUCACGAGUCAGAGCACGGGUUUCUUCUACACGAUUGACCUUGUCAUUGGGACCCCGGGGCAGGCCGUCCCCGUCAACUUUGAUACCGGAUCGUGGGAACUAUGGGUCAACCCGAGCUGUGCAAACACCUCCGAGACGGCCAUCUGCGAGAGCCUCCCGCGGUUCACGGGGUCAACAACACUGGUCGACACGAACCGAACCGGCCAAAUCGCCUAUGGCGCCGGCUACGCCAAGUUCAAGUACAUGUACGACUACAUCUCUGUCGGAGGGGCAAAGAUCAACCAGCAAAUCUUUGGCGUGGCCUACGACACCUCGGUCGUUGCCUAUGGCAUUCUAGGCGCCGGUCCUUGGGUCCUGGGCUGGCAGUCUCCCUACCCCCAUGUGCUCGACUCGCUGGUGAGCCAAAAUCACAUCCAGAGCCGCGCCUUCAGCCUCGAUUUGCGGCCCAUCGAGAGCCCCCUCGGCGCCGUCAUCUUUGGCGGCAUCGACACCAAGAAGUACAUCGGCGGUCUCGAAAAGCGGCCCAUUGCCACGGGGCCCGACGGCAGUGUCCGGUACUGGAUCUACGUGGAUGGACUCUCGGUGACGAGAGAGGACGGGUCUCGGAUCCCGGUGUUCGACCAAACCAACGGCUUGCUCGCCCUCCUUGACAGCGGCACGACGCUGACACAGCUGCCGCGAACCAUGGUGACGGAGAUUCUGAAGGCGUUUCCCUCUGCCCGCCAGGACCCGAACGAUGCCAACCAGUACAUUGUGGACUGCGCGGCGGCCAGUCUCGCGGGCACGGUCGAUUUCAAGUUUGGAAACACCGUCAUCAAUGUUCGAUAUGACGACUUUCUGUGGAAGCAGCCCCAGCACGGGAUAUGUGUGCUGGGCGUGUCGCCAAAUGACUGUGAGUGA